UCGCGCCCAUAAACCACGUGUCUCACUCAUACACUCAGUUAGGCACAAACAAUUGGCGCCCACCAUGGGGCCGCGAGUAAAAAGAGCAGAAACCAAGACGACAAUGACGGGACAAACUUCAGACACCCUAGACGAGAUGACGCUCGUCAAAGCAAUGACAAAUCUGAGACAGUUCGCGGAAAUCGGCAACUUGAACGCGGUACUCAUAGAGGAAGAAGAAGCGGAACUAAAAGCCAAUGAAGUACGUCAACAAAUGGCCAAGAAGAGCGAGGUCAUAGCAGACAUGCAAAACAAGAUGAACCAAGUCAUCGCGCUCAUGAUGAAAAAAGAAGCCAGCACAGCGGUGCAACCAGCGGUGAUCGUCCCGCCAACGUCGGAGGAAGACAGAUCAUCCCCAAACCACGUGAAAAAUGAGCAGAGCCGCCAGUUAAAGCGAAUCUAAACUUCCUGGAGCAACACUUAUCCCCCACUACCACGCUCAAACCAGGGUGACUCUCCACCAACCAUUGUGCGCCGAAAUCAUGGCAUAACACCUCACCGGAACCGCGCCCACCCUCCCAACGUAUAACGGAACAACGGGCCCAGAAGACCAUGUCAGCACAUUCAGCCUCCGAAUGCAACUCUAAACAAAUUUGAAUUCCGCUC